UAGAGGAAGAGAAAACUUUGCAGAGCAAGCAGAGGAAAACCUAGGAAAAGAGAAGCUCAUGAUAUUUGUGGGGUAUAAAACUUCUUCACUUUCAAAGAGAACAGCUGGCAGCCCUGCCUGAAAAAACAACUCCUAUUCUGCCUAUAAAUCAAAUUUAUAUUUUCAGCUUCAUAGAUGGCAUGGGUAAAUUAUACUGUUGUGAUGCUUCUACUUCAAUAUCAUAUCUCUUCAGCAGAAGAUGGUGAAAUACGAUCAAGUUGCAGAACUGCUCCAAAUGAUCUAGUUUUUAUUCUAGAUGGCUCCUGGAGUGUAGGUCCUGAAAAUUUUGAAUUACUGAAAAAAUGGGUUGUUAACAUUACAAGUAAUUUUGAUAUUGGACCUAAAUUUACUCAAGUUGGAGUGGUUCAAUAUAGUGACUACCCAGUUCUUGAAAUCCCACUUGGAAGACAUGAAUAUAUAGAAGAUCUUAUCAGAAGAAUGCAAGAUAUUGAUUAUCUAGGUGGGAAUACAAGGACUGGAAAUGCAAUUCAGUUUGCAAUUGAAAACCUUUUUGCCAGGUCAUUGAGACCAUUAACCAAGAUUGCCAUUGUUCUAACUGAUGGAAAAUCUCAAGAUGAUGUAAAGGACAUAGCAGAAGAAGCAAGGAAAAAUAAAAUUACUCUAUUUGCCAUUGGGGUGGGCUCUGAGAUUGAAGAAAGUGAGCUAAGAGCUAUAGCCAAUAAGCCUUCCUCAACAUACGUGUUCUACGUUGAAGACUAUAUCGGAAUAUCAAGAAUACGAGAGAUCAUGAAGCAGAAGCUCUGUGAAGAAUCUGUUUGUCCCACAAGAAUUCCAGUGGCAGCCAGAGAUGAAAAGGGAUUUGAUAUACUGUUAGGACUGGGAGUAAAUAAAAAAAAAGCCAAGAAAGUUGAAGGCUCUAUCCCUACCACUAAAGCAUAUGAAAUAACAAAGCACGUUGAUCUUACAGAAUUCACAAGACAUGUUUUUCCCGAAGGUCUUCCUCCUUCUUAUGUCUUUGUGUCAACUCAGCGAUUUAAAAUAAAAAAGAAAUGGGAUUUGUGGAGAAUUGUUGCACUUGAUGGUGUCAUACAAGCCGCUGUUUCUGUGAACGGAGAAGAUAAAACGUUAUCAUUUACUACAACCAGCCAAACAAAUGACAAUCAAGUUAUUACAUUUGUAACACCUGGAGUAAAGAAAAUAUUUGAUGAAGGUUGGCACCAAAUAAGACUUUUAGUAACAGAAGCAGAUGUGACUUUAUAUAUAGAUGAUCAAGAAAUUGAGACAAGAAAACUACUCCCAGUUAUAGGAAUCUAUAUCAGUGGAAAAACUCAGAUUGGAAAAUACUCUGGUAGAGAAGAAUCUGUCCAAUUUACACUUCAAAAGCUGAGAAUAUAUUGUGAUCCAGAAAUGAACAAACGUGAGACAGCUUGUGAGAUUCCUGGAAUUAAUGGGGAGUGUUUGAAUGGUCCAAGUGAUGUUGGCUCAACACCUGCUCCCUGUGUUUGUCCUCCUGGGGAAAAAGGACCUCCUGGACUUAAAGGAGAUCCUGGACAGCCUGGUAUUCCUGGUUCCCCUGGACAACCUGGUCCAGAUGGUAAGCCUGGAUUACCAGGUAUAGCAGGAAACCAUGGAGAGCAGGGACCACGUGGCUUACCGGGUUUUAAAGGUAAUUCUGGAGGAGACGGUGAUAAGGGUGAGCGAGGAUUGCCCGGUUUUCCAGGACAACAUGGACAGCCAGGAUCAAAGGGUGAGCGUGGACAGAGAGGAGACAAAGGAAUUGCAGGACUAGAUGGAAAAAAGGGGACAAAAGGCGAGAAGGGAAUUCCUGGAUCAUCUGGAAAGCCUGGAAGACCGGGAGAACUGGGCAUGCAUGGGAAGGAUGGUAUACCUGGAUAUCCUGGAGAAAAGGGAGAAGAAGGAAAGCCAGGUCCACAAGGAAUGGAAGGUCACAGAGGAUUGCCUGGAAUACCUGGAAUUCCUGGAAAUGAAGGUUCAAGUGGAACAAAGGGUGAAGCCGGAUCUCAUGGAGAACCUGGUACGAGAGGACCUUCUGGAAUUCCAGGAAUACCUGGACCCGAAGGCUUACCUGGAGCAUCAGGAAUGCCUGGACAAAAGGGAAAUAAAGGUGAUUCUGGAGUAGAAGGCAAACAAGGAUUAGCAGGAGCAAAGGGAGAGAAGGGUGUAAUUGGCCUUAUGGGCCCACAAGGAUACACAGGUAUACCAGGACUUACAGGUUUAAAGGGUGACAAAGGAAAUCAAGGUGAAAAAGGGAGCCAGGGCCAUAAGGGAACUCAGGGUUCUUCCGGUAUUCCAGGAAUUAAGGGUGAACAAGGAGAGAUUGGUGCCAAAGGAGAGAAAGGGGAAGUUGGAGAACCAGGACCCCAGGGGUACAGUGGACCAAGAGGAGAACCUGGUCCUGCUGGAUUAGUUGGAGCACCUGGUCCUAGAGGAGUCAAUGGUGACAGGGGACUCCCUGGGCUGCCAGGACAGGAAGGAAGGCCUGGCAAAGAACAUUCUGAACAAUUCAUAAGACAAAUCUGCCUUGAUGUUUUAAAAGAUCAGCUACCUUUAGUAUUACAUUCUGAAAGACUGCAAAGCUGUGACCAGUGUAAAACUCAGCAAGGGACUCCUGGACUUCCAGGACCUACUGGGCCAGGGGGCCCUGAAGGACCAAGAGGACUUCCUGGAACACCUGGGAGAAAUGGUUUUCCUGGCUCCAUAGGACAUCAGGGACGUCAAGGUAUCUCAGGACUUAAAGGUGCUCCAGGAAAGCCUGGCCAAAAAGGAAAUAAAGGUGACUCAGAACCUGGAAUUCAAGGACCACCUGGAGUCCCAGGACCUAUGGGUCCACCUGGAAUGAGCAAGGAAGGUCGGUCUGGAUUGCCGGGGCCUCCUGGCAGAGAUGGAGAACGUGGAUCGCCUGGAUCACAGGGACACCCAGGACAACCAGGAAUAUGUGACCCAUCUGUAUGCUUCAGUGCAAUUGUUGGCAGAGAUCCAUUUAGAAAAGGACCAAAUUAUUAAUGCUGAUUUUUGAGGAUGAAGUCAAAUUGUGUCACCAAUUCUCGUCUUUCGUGUCUCAGGAAGAUUUGUACUGGUCAGCUUUGUAAGAACACAAGUACCUCUAUUUUGUAAAUUAAAAGAGAAUGCCUUCAAGAGAAAAAAAACAUUGAUAGUUAUUAAAUCAGAAGGCAGGCAGUGGUGGCAUAUAUCUGAACUAAGCUCUACGUAUAAAGAAUAUUUAUCUAUCUGUAAGGUAUGCAGAUAUAAAACUGUGAAAUAGUUUUACAUCAAGUCAUGUUGUAGAAAAUGUGUCAUUAGAAUUAUCUGUCAACUUUUGUGCAAGAAUGUUGCAAUCUACAUUUUAUUUAAAGAGAAUAUAAAAACCUAGUGUAUCUUAUUUAAGAACAGAUCUUUUUCUAAAAUCCUACAUUGUAUGCCAAAGUCAAAAGCAUACAUAAAAGGAAAUCAACAUUUUCAAAUGAGAAUAUCAAUUUUUUUUAUAGCAAUCUGUUUGGUCUCUGUUCAUUAAAAUAUGAUCCAAUGUGUAGUAAAACUCAAAAAGCAUUUAAUUAUAUUAUUGCUGUCGAUCUAUUCACGUAAGUAAGAAUAAUGCAGGUUUCAUAAUUUAAAAAAAAAACACGCCCUUGUAGUACUAAGCAAAAACACCAGGUUGUAAUUCAGCUUAGUAAGCUGAGUUAAAAUCAUAUAACAAUGGUAAUGUGUAAAGACCUAGCCCAUCUAGUAUGGUCACUAAUGUUACUUAGUAUUUUUUAGUGUAUGAAUCUAAGUAUUAAAUUACUGUUCCUAUUACAUGUGCCAUAGUUGGUUCCAAAAAUAUACAAGUCUUUUGGUAAAAUAAUUUUUUAUAACUUUUCCUCCUGACUAUUUCAAACAAUCUUGACCUAGAACACAGCUUACAUAGAAACAAUAUGACCUGGAUUUUACAUUGUAUGAUAGAAAAGUUUCAGUUAUAUUGUUUAUUUCCAUUCUCUUUACUAGGAAUAAGCCGAACAUGGUUCAUGAAAGGUUUGUCAAACUGUGGUGGAGUUAACUUAAUGACUGGAAUAUCAGUAUGGAUGUCACACCACUUCAAACUCAAUCUCACCUCAAAUUCAGUUUUUCUGAGCUCAUGAUAUGUCUUCUCCUCUCCGUGCUUAUCUCCAAAACCUUUCCCAUCCUCUGAAACUCUCUACCGUAAUCUGUCCAGCUAUCUCCUACUUUGUCUACUUUUAGGUGAACCUUGAAAACUCAACUCCAGAGGGAAGCCUAUGCUCCUUUCAGCCAACAACUGAAUCUUUUAUUUCUCCCAUCAACUCAUCCUUUACAGUUAGUACCUUUUUGGUCCACUUGCCCCCUCCUAUUAUAUUGUAAGCUCUUAAGAGCAUGGCCCUUCUAACCAUGCCUUUAAAAUCUAAAGCAUUAUGCAAACUGUUGACGCAAUAUAAAUUCUGAAUAAUAAUAAUAAUAGAAAUAACCCUACUGAAGUCAAUAGAAGCACAUGGACUGGAUACUGCCCUAAGAGAAAUUAAAUAUUGACAAAAACAUUAAAAAUAAAAUUUGACAGGGAUCAGCAAUCUUAAUAAUGCUCAAAGUGAAUCAAUAAAACUGCCAAAGCCCUUCAAAUAUAAUGCUUGAGGCUGUUUAAACUUGCCUGAGAAGUGACGUAUAUGUACAAUGCAAACUAUGUACUACAUCAAAAGUGUUAUUUGCGAAGAAAAAAAUGCCAUUUAAAUUGCCAGUAAAUGACAUUUUCCCUUAAAAAUGUGCUGGACCAUACCAGGUUACAUGUCUUUUACAUGGGGAAGGUACUUUGCUAGGAAAGUCCCAUAAAAAUCCUUUAUCAAUCAUGUCAUCCAGCAAUGCAGAUCCUUACCAAUCACAAUACCCUCUUUUGUUAAUUGCUAAGAGGAAAUUGCUAAGAGGAAAACAGUGAAAUUUUGUGGCUGCCAAAAGAAAACAUAUUAUUACUGGUACACAGUAACAGUACGUACAUCAUACACAAAUUUUCAGAUAAAACAUACUUUUCCAAAAAUAUUGAUCAGUUACUAUUAUGAUAUUAGUGUCUGCUUAGAUGUUUUUACUAUUAUUAAAUGAAGAAUAUAUAUUGAAUUGAAUUUUUUUUUAAUUUUUAAAAAGAACAAUGCUUUCAUCCAUAAAGGAUUGAUAGAUUGUGAAAGUUAUACCAUAAUCAUAUUAAUGGUUUUCUAAAUGGAAAUAUGAAAGUAAAUUAAUGAGAUGUCAAUAAUUUUAUAUGCCUAGCUAAACAUUGAUUUAUAAAAUCAUAUUUGUCAGAAUAAAAUUUAAAAAAGGUUGGCUUCCAAAUUAGUAAAUCUUUGUUUGGUGCAUCACAAUUCUAGAUUUUCAAUACUUAUAGAGUAAAAAAAGUCAUUUAUGUAAGUCAGUUGUUUACAUGAGUAAUAAAAAAUGUCAUUCAGUUA